AUGUCCAGCUCCACCGGCCAUGUCGAUAAGCGGGACUUCGAUGCCAACCGACCCCUCCUUGAAGAUGGAAACAUAGACGGGCCCAAUCUGGAUACCAACCCAGCUAAUGGGCGGUCUAGGGCGGGAUCACGCCGCUCACGCCGCUCCUCACGCUCAGGAUUCGGUGCGACCAGUGACGACGGACUUCUCAGCGAUGUCGUGGAUGGUAUUGUCGAACGCGAUCGACGGAAAAUGCAUAAAGAGGUUAUACGAGUCAUUAGCUUUGUUUGGGCUAUUAUUACCUGUCUGGGUGCGGGUAGCAUUACGGCGUUUUCGUUGUACGGGCAUUUGUUGCUGACCAGGCUUCAUUACACCCAACUUCGGGUCAAUGCGAUUUCCAUUGCGGCUGAGAUUGCGAUGUACCUACUGGUUCCGAUAUUUGGGUACUUAUGCGACCGGUAUAGCCCAUCCCCAUUGUCCUUGGCUUCGGGUGGGUUGUUUGGACUGGGGUAUUUUCUUGCUGCGUUCACAUACAGAAGUGGCCCGCCUCCAGAUGUGGGAGGCUCUGGGUGGCCAUUUUGGGUGAUGAUCGUGGCUUUCAUUGCUAUUGGAAUGGGCACGAGCUGCAUGUACCUCGCUGCUGUGGCGACCUGCGCCAAGAAUUAUGGCAGAGGAAAGCAUAAGGGCAUAAUGCUUGCUUUGCCAAUCGCAGCAUUUGGACUGAGUGGAAUGUGGCAGAGUCAGUUGGGAACUUAUGUACUAUGCGAGCGUGAUCCCGACGGCAAAUGUGGAGAUGUGGAUGUGUUUCGAUACUUCCUUUUCCUGGGCAUUGUCUUGCUAGUGACUGGAAUCAUCGGUACCUUUGCGUUGCGCAUCGUUGACGACGACGAAGAGGAGCGAUAUAUCGAUGAGACCGUCGAGGAGCUGGAGCGCAGUGGACUCCUCGAGGAAAGCGAUUUCUUCCGACCUAGGGGUGAGAUUCGGGCAGCUGUGGAAUACGGCACCUUUUUGGACAACAACGAAGAGGAAACUCUUUCCGGGGAAGAGCGAGAAGAGAGACGGCGAGAGAAGGAAAGAGAAGAGGAAGAACGUCGAAAGAAGAACUGGCUUCUUAAUUACGAGACUCGGGUGUUCCUCCUCGAUCCUACCAUGUGGUGGCUUGCCGCUGGGUUUUUCCUGGUCACUGGACCUGGCGAGUCAUACAUCAAUAACCUCGGCACUAUCAUCCCAACUCUAACGCCACCAUCUUACGCACUCAAUUUACCACCGCCAGCCGGUCUUCCAUCAACUCAUGUCACCACUGUAGCAUUGACAUCGACCAUUGCCCGAUUGCUCACCGGCUCCCUCUCCGAUUUCUUUGCACCACCAGCAACGCAUCUAUUCCCUCCAAUCCCAGAUAGUCGCCGACACACAGUCCCUACGGCAGAGAACAACCGCCCCACGGUUUCCCGGAUGGUCUUUCUCCUACCGUCAGCACUUCUUCUUUCAAUUGGCUAUCUCAUCCUUGCUUCUCCCCUCGCACUGGAAUUGCCCCCUCUCUUCCACCUGACCACGGCCCUCGUCGGUUUCGGUUACGGAAGCGCCUUCUCUCUUACCCCGAUCAUCAUCUCCGUCGUAUGGGGCGUAGAGAACUUUGCCACGAACUGGGGUAUCGUAGCUAUGAUGCCUGCCGUCGGCGCCGCACUAUGGGGCGUUAUUUAUUCUGCCGCGUACCAGAAUGCGUUGGAUGAUGGCAGUGGCAGUGAUUUUGACGGCCAAUGCCAUGGUUGGCGAUGCUAUGGCUUCUGGGCCGUCGGUUGCACUAUUAGUGUUUGGAUUGCCAUUGUGGCUUGGCUAGCUGCUUGGAGAGGUUGGAAGCGACGAGGUGUGGUUGUUUAA